GGAUCUGCGACCAUCGUUCCACGUUUUGUUGGGUAUUAUGUAUACUUACAGGACUACCCCGCAAUCUGAACAUAAAUACAUCCGUAUACAUCUGUUCUCAGACUUCCCUUCUAUGUUUACUCUACCAGUCCAACCCACCGCUUCAUCCCUUCCCAUUCCCAAAUCGUGGCUCCUGAACCCUUGCCCCAUUUCUAUGUCAAAACUAGACUUUCGCUAUUACGGCCGCGUCACGUAGAUUUCCGCUCUCGGAUCAGUGGUUACGGUCGCUUCUGCAUCCGAUUCAGUCAUUCGCUGAUAUUGCCCUAUUGUGUGAGGAAUUGAACAAUCGGAGAGGCUAGGGUUUGAAGGGAUGGGGGGUAAUACGUAAGCGAUGCCGCUUGAAGCGCGGAGGGACCAGAGUCGGCGGAAUCAGGUUGUAGUGCCAGGAAGGCCGAUAACAAGGGUGACAAGGAGGAUUGGGCUGAGUAACUGCAAUCCUUGUCUUGAGAAGGUGCUGAUUGAGGCUAAAGAAGAGAUCGGUCUUCUUGAAGGUGUGGGAGAGGUCGGGGAGAUCGAGGAAGAGGUAAGAGAGAGGAAAAUGAAUGAGUUUGACAGCGGUGCGAGGAGCGCUGAUAAGGUCCCUGGAGCGGAAGAAGAGGGGACCACGGCGCCACUGCCCGAGAAGGUCCAAGUGGGAAACUCACCGGUAUAUAAAAUUGAAAGGAAGCUUGGGAAGGGGGGAUUUGGGCAAGUAUAUGUUGGGCGCCGUGUAUCUGGCACCAUUUCAAAUGAUAGAACUAGUGGUUCUAAUGCUGUUGAGGUGGCUCUCAAAUUUGAGCAUAGAAACAGCAAAGGAUGCAACUUUGGACCCCCAUAUGAAUGGCAAGUUUACAAUGUUCUUGGCGGUAAUCAUGGUGUUCCCCGUGUACAUUAUAAGGGGCGUCAGGGAGACUACUAUGUUAUGGUUAUGGAUAUGCUUGGACCAAGUUUAUGGGAUGUCUGGAAUAACAGUUCUCACACGAUGUCCAUUGAAAUGGUUGCUUGUAUUGCCAUUGAAGCAAUCUCUAUUCUAGAGAAGAUGCACUCGAAAGGGUAUGUACACGGGGAUGUGAAGCCUGAGAAUUUUUUGCUUGGCCCUCCUGGCACAUUGGAAGAGAAGAAACUCUUCCUUGUUGAUCUUGGUUUAGCCACAAAGUGGAAAGAUGGCACUACAUGUCAGCAUGUUGAGUAUGACCAGAGGCCUGAUGUUUUUAGGGGAACUGUACGCUAUGCUAGUGUGCAUGCUCACUUGGGAAGAACUGGAAGUAGGAGGGAUGAUUUAGAAUCCCUUGCUUAUACACUUAUAUUUCUUCUUCGUGGCCGUUUACCUUGGCAGGGAUAUCAGGGAGAUAACAAAGGUUUCCUUGUUUGCAAGAAAAAAAUGGCUACUUCUCCGGAAGCUCUCUGUUGCUUUUGUCCCCAGCCGUUUAAACAAUUUGUUGAAUAUGUAGUCAACCUGAAGUUUGAUGAAGAGCCAAAUUAUGCCAAGUGCAUUUCACUUUUUGAUGGCAUAAUAGGUCCAAAUCCUGAUUAUAGGCCAAUAAAUACAGAUGGUGCUCAAAAGCUCAUUUAUCAAGUUGGCCAAAAGAGAGGUCGGCUGAUGAUGGAAGAAGUGGAAGAUGAACAACCAAGAAAGAAGGUCCGAAUGGGGAUGCCUGCAACUCAAUGGGUUAGUAUCUAUAAUGCCAGACGUCCAAUGAAACAGAGGUAUCAUUAUAAUGUUGCUGAUGCUAGGCUUGCGCAACAUAUCGAGAAAGGAAAUGAGGAUGGUUUAUUUAUUAGUUCUGUAGCUGCUUGCACCACUCUAUGGGCACUAAUCAUGGAUGCUGGAACUGGUUUCACUGCUCAAGUUUAUGAGCUAUCACCGCACUUUCUACACAAAGAAUGGAUAAUGGAGCAGUGGGAGAAAAACUAUUAUAUCAGUGCAUUAGCUGGAGCAAACAAUGGCAGCUCUUUGGUAGUGAUGUCCAAAGGUACACAAUAUGCACAACAAUCUUACAAAGUCAGUGAUUCAUUUCCUUUCAAGUGGAUAAACAAAAAGUGGAAGGAGGGCUUUUAUGUUACUUCCAUGGCUACUGCUGGAACUAAAUGGGCUGUAGUGAUGUCCCGGAAUGCAGGUUUCUUAGAUCAGGUUGUUGAGCUUGAUUUUCUCUACCCGAGUGAAGGAAUUCAUCGUCGAUGGGAUAAUGGUUACCGUAUAACAGCCAUUGCCUCAACGUGGGAACAAGCUGCAUUUGUCCUAAGUGUACCAAGAAGAAAACCUACUGAUGAAACACAAGAGACAUUGAGGACAUCUGCUUUUCCCAGUCAACAUGUAAAGGAAAAGUGGGCAAAAAACUUGUACAUUGCAGCUAUUUGUUAUGGAAGAACAGUUUCCUGAAACCUUUCCGUGAUUGAUUUGGAGUUGUGCUUGCCCAUUUGGUGACGGACUUUUUAAAUAUGUUUGCCUUGCAGAUUAUGCGGAAUGAUUUUUGUUUGUGAAUUUUUAUGGGCAAGCUUCUUUGCUUGUUACUUCCCACAUCUUCUUCAAUUAACUGAUGAUGUGUUAUUGAUGCCUAAUCACGGACUUGCCCUUGCACAAUUUCCUAGCUUUACUGUGCAUAAUGGGCAUUUUGUAAGAAUCGAGCUUCUUAUGCGCAAUUUCCUAAUCGUGGACUUGCCAAUGCACAAUUUCCUAGUUUUACUGUGCAUAAGGGGCAUUUUGUAAAA